UAUAUCAAAUAUGGAAGCCUAUAGGUCCUAUACAAUUUCAUAUGCAUAUCAUGCUCUCACAAUUCUUCUAAGUCUUCUAUUCCUCUCAAACUUUCAUACAACCUUAGCCUCAACUCCUUCCACCACCACCGAAAACUACAUAACCUAUAUCAAAACCACUUGCAAUUCAACCACAUACCCAACAGAAUGCAACAAUGACCUCUUACCCUUCGCCUCCAAAAUCGAAGCAAACCCUCAAAAGCUUUGCAACACUGCCCUCUCUGUAUCUUUAAAAGCCGCAAAAAACUGUUCCUCAACGAUAUCAAAGCUAUCCAAGAACCAGGGAUUGACGAAGAGUGAAGUGGCAAUCAUUAAAGAUUGCAUAGUGAACGUCAAGGACUCCAUUGACCAGCUCAAUCAAUCUUUAUCCGCAAUGGAACAGCUUGGAAGCUCUAAUGUAAAGGCUCAGAUUGAUAAUAUAAAGACUUGGGUCAGUGCUGCUUUAACAGAUGAAACUACAUGCACAGAUGGGUUUGCUGGCAUGACUGUUAGCAACACUGUGAAGAACACAAUCAGUAAUAGUAUUCUUAGUGUUUCUAAGCGAAUUAGCAAUGCUUUGGCUCUUAUUAGUCGUUUUUACCCCAACUAAUUAAAUUCAUCCUGCCUUGUUGGCUUUUUCCUUUCCCUCUAUUGUUUGGCUAUUGUCUUUUCCCAUAUUUGCUAUUGUGUUAUAUUUGGGGUAGUGUUAAUUGCACACAUUGUUUUACACACUUUCGUACAUGCAAAUUAUUUUAAAUUGAAAUAGUAUGUACACACAUUCGUAAAUAUGAUUUCAGUUUGAAAUAACUUAAGUGUAGGAACAUGUAUGCAAAAUAGUAUAUGUAAUAGGUUUUACCUUUUU